AAAAAAAGUACCUUAUCCUCUCCUUGAUAGACGAAAAAUAUCCUUUUUCUCUCUUCCCCCAUCAAUUUCCUCGACGAUGCCCGGAUUCGCCUCCGCCGCCGCUCAUCUCCGCAUAUUCUUCCCUGAGCCCAAGAAUUUCACCCUCCCUUCCUCCUCCUCCUCCCUUCGAUGCUCAUUCCCUUUCACCCUCAGAUCUUUGCGCUCUCCUCCCGCCAAAUUUCUUCCCAUUUCCUGCCAUGGAAGCUCCAGCUCCCCAUCCGGCCUCGGCGAUGAUCGGGGUCACCAGUUUCUUGAGGCUUCUGUCCUCGUUUCAGAGACGACCAUGCACUACAAAAUGCGAAGCCAAGGAUUUCGAGAAAAUUCAAUUUGGCAGUCUUCUAGGCAUUCACCACCGUUCGCGGUAAGAGCCAGUGAGUCCAGGGUCGGUGUCUCCACGGUCGCGCUUGGCUUUCUCCGCCAGUUUAAGUACCCGACAAUUUUCUUGAAGAUCUCCUGUGAUGGUGACUAUUUGCUACCCAUUAUAGUGGGGGAUGCUGCUGUCGAGAAACUACUGCACGCUUCGUGUGGAAAUGAGAAUGAGGAAUGCCCUGAUCAAUUUGAGUUUGUGGCUGCUGCUGUGGACAAACUUGGAUAUGAAGUCCAAAUGGUGAAGAUUACGAAUAGAGUUGUCGACACUUACUAUGCAAAACUCUGUGUUGGCAAGCAUGGAAAUGACGAUCUUAUAAGCAUUGAUGCACGACCAUCAGAUGCCAUUAAUUUUGCAAAAGCAUGCCAGGCUCCAAUAUAUGUAAACAAAGAGAUUGUAUUGGCAGAUGCUAUUAGAAUUGGUUAUGGAGGCAGACCGCAGAGCACAAGACCUAUUUUCGAUGUCAUCCUUGACAGUGCUCCAGAGGGGGCAGAUCCAUUAACGGAGGAGCUUAAACUAGUGAGGAAUAUGAAUUUGGCAGCUGAAGACGAACGGUACAACGAUGCAGCCAUGUGGAGAGACAGAUUGAAGGGAUUCUUGGAUUCGAUACCAAGCAUCGAUGGCAGUUCUAUAACUCCUGACAGCUACGACAAGUGAAGCAUAUAGGGGCAUCAGGCAAAUGGAAAACAAGAGCUGAUGGUAACUAUAUAGUGAGAAAUGAUCGGGGGGAAAUAAUAUCUGCACAUAUAAUGGGAGGAGCCUCAGAGGCUCAGGUGAAGUGUGUGUGUGGGCAGCCAGAGGUUUUCGAGUGAAAGAAGAAGCCGGAACAGGGAAAGGGCUUGAGGUUGAGGGAUCAUAAGAGAAAGCACACGGACGUCUGUUUUGUUGGGUGUACGUACAUAUGCCGACUGGGUUGAUGGAUACCGUAUGUAUGGGCCGAUAUAUACAGUAUAGGCAGGGUGUAUAAUCCCUUUAAAGCCGGGUGCUUGGAAUGUCUGUGGUGUAGAUGAGGUGUGGAUGAUUGGAUGUCCGACCACAUGUACAGAUCUCCCACAUUUCCUAAUGGCUGUGAACUGUUAUAUGUAGAAUAUACUGCUCCUUGUUGCAUUUUGUUUAAUGUGUUAUUGUGGAUUUUGUAAGGGCUAAAGGGGUAAAUAGAAUGACCGGAAUGUAACGAUGGAGAGAUGGAAGUAAGGAAACUAGGGUGGCUUAUUCGAUA